AUAGAGACGAGGCCUCGCGCGAGCUCUUCGAUCUUUCCGAAGCCUUGAGCUUUAGAUCCACCUCGGUUUGAACGAUCCCCUCGAUAGCAUCGAGGAGUGAGGAUUCCCUCUUUCUUUUUCUAUUUUUAGAUGUGAUUUGAGUGUUAGACGAGUUCAUUCGAGGAGGACUUUAUGUUUUCUAACAGCUUGAUGGCGUCAACGGCAGCUACUGGAUUGCAAAUGGCGACAGUCAAGCCAAGUGUGGUGUCUUCUCGGAGGAUGUUUACAUCUAAAUCACCAAUUUCGGUUCUGGAAUUGAAAGACAUUGCCCAAUAUAAACUUGCAAGCUCUGGGCGUAUCUCCUCCGUUCAGCCCUUCUCUAUGAGUUGCACACCUGUUGCUAUGAAUUCAAAUCCAUUUGUCACAAGGGCUAUGGCCGGAGAUAGUGACAAGGGAAGUGCUCCAGGUUUGCCCAUUGAUUUGAGAGGUAAAAGGGCGUUUAUUGCUGGAGUGGCUGAUGACAAUGGCUAUGGGUGGGCAAUUGCUAAGUCUCUUGCUGCUGCUGGUGCUGAAAUUCUAGUUGGUACAUGGGUGCCUGCACUGAACAUAUUUGAGACUAGUUUAAGACGUGGCAAAUUCGAUGAGUCCCGUGUGUUGCGGAAUGGUUCCCUUAUGGAGAUUACUAAAGUCUAUCCAUUGGAUGCAGUUUAUGAUGGCCCUGAGGAUGUUCCUGAGGAUGUUAAAACAAACAAACGUUAUUCUGGUGCCUCAAAUUGGACUGUCAAGGAAGUUGUUGAAACCGUGAAAAAGGAUUUUGGAACUAUUGACAUCCUUGUUCAUUCACUUGCCAAUGGACCAGAGGUCAGUAAACCUCUGCUGGAGACAUCAAGAUAUGGAUACCUCACUGCAGUAUCGGCAUCAAGCUAUUCUUUUGUCUCCUUACUCAAGCAUUUCCUUCCAAUAAUGAAUCCAGGUGGUGCUACAAUCUCCCUAACAUACAUUGCUUCUGAGAGGACUAUACCCGGUUAUGGUGGAGGCAUGAGUUCAGCAAAAGCAGCUCUAGAGAGUGAUACAAGAGUGCUAGCUUAUGAAGCAGGGAAGAAAGGGCAAAUCAGAGUCAAUACAAUAUCUGCCGGCCCAUUAGGAAGCCGCGCAGCAAAAGCCAUCGGUUUCAUUGAAAAAAUGAUUGACUACUCCUACGCCAAUGCAGCAUUGCAGAAAGAGUUGCGUGCAGAUGAAGUUGGUAACGCUGCGGCGUUCUUGGUAUCUCCAUUGGCUUCGGCGAUUACCGGCUCUGUUGUGUAUGUGGACAAUGGACUGAAUGUCAUGGGACUUGCAGGUGAUAGUCCAACACUUGCAGUAUGAGCCAUCUGACUUAGUUUUUUUUUACUUCCAAUUUUUGAUUAAUAAUGGAGGAUUUUCGUAUUUGUAGCGAAUGAAAUGUAGAAUGAUUUGUCAUGCUUUUUUUUCUUUUUCUUUUGAUGAAACAAGCAGACAUUUGUUUAGAGCUCUUAAGAGUCCAUUUCUCUCUCUCUUUCAU